GACAGGUCUCUUAUGAGUUACGAGGACUACCGUCAUCAUGGCUCCACAAGUGUUCAACCUCCCUGGUCAAAUUGAAAAAAGCUGGACAGUUCCCUCACAAGGCAUCUGUUGGAGAGUGUACUGAGGAAAGAAAGGAAAAGUAUUUAAAGAAUCAAAAGUGAUGAUGAGAAAAAUGGGACCUACUGGGUCCUCCAUUUCCCUCGGUGGAGCAGACUCCCCCAUGGAAGCGGCAACGUCAAGCAAAGCAAACCCAGAAAGAAAGAAGAGGAACCGCCGACCAACCAUAGCGUCAUCAUCGGUAUCACCGACCAACCAUAGCGUCAUCAUCGGUAUCGAUUUUUUUUUCAUCCAUUUUUUCACAUUCAGUCUCACCUACUCCUACACCAACAUCAACUCCCCGGUUUGCAGAAGCUCCAAUUACCGAUCUUCAACUGUGGUUGCUAACUCAUCUCAGAACAAGAACCAAAAUUAGAGAAGGAACAUUUGUAAGAAGCUGAAGAAGUUGCUAUUGCUAAAUUGCUUUCGUUAGGAUGGAUUCUAUUAAUGAAAUUACUGGGUUCUCUUACAAUCCUAGCAUGGAAGCUAUGGGAGAAGCAGAUGGCGACGAGGAGUUCUCUGGGAUUCUAGAAAUUUAUGUUCAUCAUGCCAGGAACAUCCAUAAUAUCUGUAUCUAUGACAACCAAGAUGUCUAUGCGAAAUUCUCUCUCACUUGCAGCCCAGACGAGACUCUUUCAACUAGAAUUGUGAAUGGGGGUGGAAAGAACCCUGAAUUCAAUGAAAGUUUGAGAAUGAAAAUAACCCAACUAGAUGCAGUCAUCAAAUGUGAAAUUUGGAUGCUUAGCAGGGCCAGAAAUUACUUAGAAGACCAACUAUUGGGAUUUGCACUGGUUCCCACAUCGUUAGUGGCAAGGAAAGGCAAGGUCACCCAGGAUUUCACCCUCUCAUCCACUGAUCUCUUCCAUUCACCCGCUGGAGCUGUCAAGCUGACUCUGUUUCUUAACACAUCCCUUCCUGUCAGUCCAUCCGCAAAGUCCUUUGAUGAUUCAGCGGCUAAUUCAUCCAUAAGCUCAGAAGUCGUGUUGCUUGAUCGCAAAACCUCAAACGCCAGAUUGGAUCCGGUUGAAUAUGGGAGUAUAGAAUUUCCUGAUAUCAAUAUAGCAAGGGAGAAUCAGAAGUUGGUUUCUCAGUAUUUCAACAUGGCAGAGCGCAACUCUGCUUUGAGGCCUAGUUUGGCAGGACCUGCACCUUUCCUUCAUCUUGGUGCCUGUUCAAAGUCGGUGGAUGAUUAUGACAUGACAAUAAACUCCUCUGAGGAGAAUUCUAGUGGAUCUGUUUCUCCAAAUGGAAGCCUCCAAAAUUCUGGAAUCUUUAGUUCUACUACUACUACUACUACUAGCUUAAGUGAUGAUGGGAACUCGGUUGACUCUAUGGAGAAAAAGAGUAAUGUGGCUUGUGAUUCAUCCAAUUGUCAGGUUGUCUCUAUGUCCAUAGACGUUCAUCAGAACUCUGGACCAUCUCCAGAUACUCCAACAACAAAGAAAGGAAACAAUGUCACAGAUGAGAAAGAGCUGAGUGUCACAAGCAAGAAAGAGGAGAAUUCUAAAGGAGGCAAUUUGGCUGCUGUUGAACUGGACCCAAUAUUCACUGCUCCUCUUGGGAACAUCAACCUUGAGGCUGAGCAAACAGCAAUGCAGCAGAAGAUAGUUGACAUUUAUAUGAGGAGUAUGCAGCAGUUUACAGAGUCACUGGCAAAGAUGAAGCUUCCCAUGGAUUUUGGAAAACCAGAUUCUGAUAACCUUGGUGAUGUUAUACAGAACCAUACCAGCAAGUCAGAAACUGAUAACAAGAAAAAGGAUGGGUCAAGGGUAUUCUAUGGUAGCCGUGCUUUCUUCUAAUUGAUUCAUGCAAUUUAGUUGAACUGGGGAGCUUAAUUAAUUUACAGUAAUUUGGCUAUUCAUGGUAAGUGCUAGUUAUGACAUAGGGUCUAAAUCUUAAGGUUACUUUUAACUUCUUUGUUUUAGAUGAGCAAAGUGUUUAUUUUCUUCCCUUUUGUUAUUGACAUAAAGAAGCCUUCUGUUUUUCUCCUAAGGAGUGGAGAUAUAGACCCUCUGCUUACAGACCUAAAGUGUGAAAACUUGACCAUCCAUAUUUGUCUGUUUUCCUCUCUCAAUUAUUUAUUUUGUAUACUGUGAUAACAACAAUGUACCUUUAUUAUAUUUCAUCGUUGUCUUGUUCUUUGACGUUAGA